ACUAUAAUUCUUGUUUCUCUACUUAUUAUCCUGAUCAGUUGUGAUAAAGCAUAAAGAAAUACCGAGACGCACAUAUUACUGUUCAUCAAGAAAUUUGAGGGAGAAAAGUAUGGGGAGAGCACCUUGCUGUGACAAAGCCAAUGUGAAGAAAGGCCCAUGGGCGCCUGAAGAAGAUGCUACGCUUAAAGCGUAUAUCGAAGAACAUGGCACCGGCGGUAACUGGAUUGCUUUGCCUCAGAAAAUCGGUCUUAAGAGAUGUGGGAAAAGUUGUCGCCUUCGUUGGCUGAAUUAUCUCCGCCCGAAUAUCAAGCAUGGAGGUUUCUCUGAAGAAGAAGAUCGCAUAAUUUGCAGCCUAUAUGUUAGCAUAGGGAGCAGGUGGUCUAUAAUUGCAGCCCAGUUGCCUGGACGAACCGAUAAUGAUAUAAAGAACUAUUGGAAUACAAGGCUGAAGAAAAAAAUAUUAGGUAAGCAGCGAAAAGAUCUAAUUUAUCGAAGAAAGGGAGAUUUAUUAAUGAAGAAAGCUCGAUCGCCAUCGGAAAUUCCAUCAUCCAUAGUUGUUAGUGGCAAUGAAAACAUCAGCUCUCAAGAUCCGUAUUUGCCAGAGCUCCCGGUGAUGCCACCUAUGCCCUAUUUGAAUCAAGAACCAUGCUUUGUCAGCGAUCAUACAUCUGUACGGAAACUACUCAUCAAGCUUGGGGGGAGAUUUUCCUCUGAUGAUAAUGUUAAUCAAGUUCAAUCCAAUAUGGUCUCACAUUUUCCAAUUGACAAUAAUCUAAAUGAUCUUCAGGCAUCCUCACAAAAUGAUCAGAACUUUAUUGCAUGUAGUACUCCCGUGUCUUCUUCUUCAAUGUUGCUAAAUAGUCACUACAACAUAUUGCCUAUUCAGGAAGGGCAAAAUGGUACUUUCCCAUCAGCUUUUGAGGAAAUGUAUUAUAGUACCAACCCACAAAAACAACUGGAUGGUCUGGAGUUCUUGUACGGAGAUAUGUGUGAAGUAAACACAAGUGGAAGCAGCAGUGUUGUUACAUGUGGAGAUAGCAUCGAUUGGGGCGAGAUGAGUUCGCUAAGUAAUGUUAUGAACUCAACUAACCAUCAAUGAUCACUUCAAGCGGCGUUACUACAAGAUCGCGCUUACGAUGAUGACAUCGACAGCCUAGUUCUUUAAUUACAAGACGCGAAGAAGCUGUGAUCAAGGAAACCCUAAUUUCAUGGAAAAUGCUUGAAUUAAAAUUGCUAUUUUUACCCAAAAUGUGUUGAGGACUAAGUGUAUUUGUGUGUGUGUUUAUAUUGUUUGUAACAUUAACUGUUCAAUUCAUUUGGUAUCAAGUUUUAGUUGUUACAAUUUUUCA